AUGGCGAUGAUAGGUUCUCAUUCUGGCGAGAAUGAGGAUGAUCCAUCUAUGAUGGAUGUCUAUUCACAUGAGGAUGACUUCUCCCCGCAUGAGGCCUCCCCCGCAGAUCCCAAAUCACAGUCCUUGCCGAUGCAAAAGAGGCGCCGAGUUGGUCGCGCCUGUGAUGAAUGCCGUAGAAAGAAGAUCAAGUGUGACGGGAAACAACCCUGUACGCACUGUACGGUCUAUAGUUAUGAAUGCACGUAUGAUCAGCCUUCCAAUCGACGUCGCAACCCGGCCCCGCAGUAUGUCGAAGCCCUCGAGGCCCGUAUGCACAAGGCAGAAGCCCUUCUCCGAUCUAUACUCCCCGAUAUCAACCUCGAUGACCCACAGCUGGACUUAAAAGCCACAGAGAAGAGCCUUGUCGCCGCACAUAAGGCGAAACAGGCGCCGACCGGGCCAUCUGCGCCCGAGGCGCCCGCGGCGCCCGCGGCGCCCAAACCUUCCGCAGGGCAGGUCGAGCCGACCCCUGAGGGUGGGGAAGAACCGUUGCUCGAGACCAUGGUCGAUAAUUCUGGCUGUCUAGACCGCGAUGACCAAGGUCACUGGGACUACCAUGGUCAUACGUCGGGUAUCAUCUUUGCCCGCCGUCUGCGCAAACAACUAGGCGCCACCGAUGCGUCCAUUACACGAGCGUAUGGUCUUUCACCGGUCCUGGAGAGCCCUAAAUCGGUGUCGGAUUCCCCACAAGAUUUAUCAAUGCCCUCGACGCAUGAUCUGCCAUCCCGGAUUGUCGCGCGACGCUUGUGUCACAAUGCGCUAGAUGAUGCGUGCAGCCUGAUGCGUUUCGUGCACGAGCCAACUUUCUUCGCCAGUCUUGAGCGCAUUUACGAUAAAUCACCUGAUCAAUAUACCAACGAAGAGAACACCUUCCUGCCGCUUCUAUUUAUUGUCAUGGCGGUGGGAUGCUUGUUCUCGGAUGAUGGCGUGGGCACUCUCGAUGUAACUGGUUACGAGGGUGCCAUCGGCCAAGGAUUUCAAUUCUUCAAGGCUGGGCGGCAGCUCUUGGAAAUCACAGAUUGCCGAGAUCUGACCUCAUUACAAGCAAUUUGCUUCAUGGUUCUCUUCCUUCAAUCCUCUGCCAAGCUUAGUACGUGCUACUCCUUUGUAGGAAUCGCACUCCGCUCGGCACUGCGAUUGGGUCUGCACCGCAAUGUGGUAGCGGACUUCAAUCCGAUUGAGCGCGAGAUGCGUAAGCGCAUAUUCUGGGUGAUACGCAAAAUGGACGUCUAUGUCAGCACUCUACUGGGUCUUCCGCAAAUGCUGAGCGACGAUGAUAUUGACCAGGAGCAUCCCUUGGAAGUUGACGGAGAAUUCAUUUCCGCAGAAGGGAUCAUGCAGAUGCCCACUGACUACACCCCUAUAAUGGCUGGGUCAAAUGCGCAUACCCGCCUUUCUAACAUCAUUUUGAAAGUGGUCAAGUAUAUAUAUCCUGUGAAAAACGCCCGCUAUCGCUCCAAGUAUGAUCAACGCUACAUGGUCAGUCACUCCAAGAUCCGCGAAAUUGAGCGUGAUCUCCAAAAUUGGAUGGAGGAACUGCCUCCAGCCCUGCGCCCAGGUACAGAAGUGUCCCCACAACUCGAAAGAAUUCGUCAGUUGCUCCGUAUCAGCUAUGCGCAUGUUCAGAUGGUCAUGUACCGUCCAUUCUUACACUAUGUAUCUGGCGGGUCCCAAGCGCGUGGCGUCGACAAGCGCUCUUAUGCAUGUGCGGCAGCUUGCGUCAGCGUGUCCCGCAAUAUCGUUCACAUUACAACCGGGAUGCACAAGAGGGGCCUUCUCAAUGGGUCGUUCUGGUUCACCAUGUAUACGACUUACUUUGCCAUCCUUUCCCUGAUCUUCUUCGUGGUUGAGAAUCCUGAUUCUCCUACGGCCAAGGAUGGCGUUCUCAAGGAUGCCAUGGAGGGCAAAACUACUCUGGCCGGAUUAGCCAAGAAGAGCAUGGCGGCAGACCGUUGCUCUCAGAGCUUGAUUUGCUUGUUCAAGACUUUGCCAGAGAUGUUGAAGAAUCGACAGACCUCCAAGACCCCGGUAAACCUGAAGCGACCAGCUCCAACUAGCAUCUCUGCGGAGCCUGAAUCUAUCAAGCUUUCAGAACAAGCCAAUUUACCUCAUCGCUCAAGUACAUUCCCCACCCAGAUGAUGCAACAGUCCCCAAUGAUCAGUCCUUCGAAUCGUCGACAAAAGAGCCUGGACAAUCCCCCGGCCAUGAACAACCGCCCCUCUGAUAAUGGCACCCAGUCGGCCUGGAUGGCCUCGACACCUGAGCUGUUGACAGAAAGCAUGCUCACCCCGGAACCCAUGGUUACUAGCUCUUUGAACGCUUCACUUGCCAACCAAGAGCCUUCGAGCUUGGCGUGGUCCCAGCAAUUUACCAAUCCAACAAACCUCCCAGAUCUCAUGCCCAUUAUGUUCCCAACGGACGAUCCCUUCGCGUAUCCCACUCAACCCAUGUCCACCCUGGAAGACGAUCAUUUCCGACACGACCGACCUGGCUUAGGCUCCACCCAAUUCCCAUUUGAUUCAACCCCAAUGGUGCAUUCACCAAGCGACCCGAGUGUUACCACUCCCAGUUUUGACUUUACAAACCUUCCCGGCUAUGGGGCAGCCUCAGUCAAGUCAUCUGUGCCGAAUCGACUUCAGGCUGCACCACAACUGAACUCGCCCCGUGUCCACUCCCCAAUCUCUCAAAGCCAUACACCCAGCGAAGCUCUAAGUAGCCCCGACCUGGUUUCCAUCCCAAAUCAGAACUUUGUUUGGCAAGGUUAUAACUUCCAGCCAACAAACGGGGAUCAGCCGAUGCAGCAAGAGCCGCUUCCCAAUGGACUGCCGGACUUCAACAUGGGUCUUGAUGAGAAUAAUAUGGGCAUGAACAUGGAUCUGGGUAUCUCAUUCGACGACUUGUUUGGGAACAACACCGGCCGCCCUGGUAAGGGCACAUCCAGCGAUGAGUGGACACAGUGGAUGAAUUCUGGGGUAUAG